GACAACAUCGCCCUUGAAGGGGUGAAGGCAGGAGGCGGAGAAAAAAACAAGCACAAACUAGAACUGUCAACAAACAGACGCAGCGUUUUACAGGAAAUAAACGAAAGCAAGAAACUAGAUAAGGUUUCAGUGCGAUUAGCCUGGGGGACAUAUGCUCACCAUUGUUGUUUCUCAGCGGAUUCUAAAUUGAUGAACACACGAAGACUGACGUCAAAACGGGAAGAGGUUUUGACAACACGUUUAUCUUCUUCAAACCCAGUGUAGUUAAACGGAGUAAACAUGUCCAUAUUUACACCGACAAAUCAAAUAAGGCUUACGAAUGUGGCGGUGGUGCGGAUGAAGAAAGGAGGCAAGCGGUUCGAAAUUGCCUGUUACAAGAAUAAAGUUCUCAGCUGGCGAUCCGGAGCGGAGAAAGAUCUGGACGAGGUUUUGCAAACAAACUCCGUUUUCGUCAAUGUCUCCAAAGGACAGGUGGCCAAAAAGGACGACUUGACCAAAGCUUUUGGCACAGAUGACUUGACUGAAAUCUGCAAGCAGAUCCUGGCCAAAGGGGAGCUCCAGGUGUCCGACAAGGAACGGCAAUGUCAGCUGGAGACCAUGUUCAGGGACAUUGCCACCAUCGUAGCUGACAAGUGUGUCAACCCGGACACCAAGAGGCCGUACACGGUCAGCCUCAUCGAGCGCGGCAUGAAGGACAUCCACUACUCUGUCAAGGCCAACAAGAGCACCAAGCAGCAGGCUCUGGAGGUGAUCAAGCAGCUGAAGGAGACCAUGCAGAUCCAGCGGGCCCACAUGAGGCUGCGGCUUCUGCUGCCCGGUAAAGAGGCCAAGCGGCUGAAGGAGAAGCUCAAACCUCUCCUGCAGGUCGUUGAGAGCGAAGACUUUGAGGAGAACCUGGAAAUUGUGUGUCUGGUGGAUCCUGGCUGCUACCGGGAACUUGGUGAGCUGAUCCGUUGCGAGACCAAAGGCCGAGGCUCCGUGGAGGUGGUCAGUCUGAAGGAUGUGGAGGAGGGGGACGAGAAGCUGUAGGAAAGCAGGACUUUAUCACUUACACUUUAUUUUUAUUUAUUUCAGACAAAUGUUAAAAACAUAUUUGAUAUUGCCACCCUUUCUGUAAAAUCAAGAACAAGUGGAAAGUUAAGUAAUUAGUAAGUUUAAGAAUCUGAAUCUUUAUGAGCCCAGUACACGAGGAAUUUGUCUCUGGUAAUUGUAGUCAGUAUUACAGCAAAAAUAAUUAUUACAAAUAUAUUGAAGUUAUACGAAUUGUGCACAAUGUGGAGAAUCAAGUAAUAGGAACUCUAUACUAAAAGUCAUAAUUUUACUCAACUAAAGAUGUGUGUGGAAAAAAAGUCAUUUAUUACAACAUUACAAUGAUAAAAGAAAUAAAAACUUGAAAUCUGACGCCCCAAAAAAAAGAAGUCAUUUUAAAUGAAUAAGGAUGUACUUCUCUGAGCAAAUUUGUGGUGUUACAAGAAAAAAAGAUACCAGGAUGAAGAGGUAAUUUUGGAGGAACAAUGAGGUAAUGUGUAAGAAGUGACUCAGUUUUCACUGUGGUCAAUUUAAUUAUAACCAAAUUUUAUCGUGUUAUCUUGGAAUCUUCUCUGUUGUAGAUGCAUAUUUAGUAGCGUCAAUGAAUCAAGAAGAAGCAAAAAAAAAUUGUCACAAUGGUCACAAUUUAUUACAUCAUAACUACUUUCAGUGCAUACAGUAUAUUGCCUGAAAUAAAAUGUGUUGAUGUGCUUUGGAUCAUUACUAGCUCGUUCACAUUAAGUUGGUUCUGUAAAUGAUGGCAACAAUGUUUGAUAAUAAAUGUAAGCUUGAGGAAGUAUUCACCCAAAUUCAGGUUAAUAAAUCUAUUAACACUUUAUUGUCUUAA